CAUUCCUCUGCCUGAACAGCUGGACCGAGGAGUAGGGAGGGAAGCUAGGAUUGGCUUAGAGUCAGCAGCAGGGUGUGUCCAGGCAGCAGCGGUGAAGCGUUUACCUGUCUAGGUAAGUCAGGAGGAGGUCAAAAGAAGAAACCUGUGGGAGCCGCCGGUGCCGCCGCCACCACCACGGGAGAGGCAAGCCGCCUCCAUCUCGGCCCUGUACAAUAGAAGGACGUCACUUUCUUCUCAUCAGACCCCCAACCCAGAGAAGGCCCAGCUUGGGACAUUCUUCACUUCCAUUCCCUUCCCCUCUGGGAGCCCCUUUCACCACCCCUGCGCCUUGCUUCAGGCGAUGCCCAAGAGGGAGCUUUGGCCAGCAGGGCCUUGCUCAGAACCCGUGACCCGCGUUGGCAGCUGUGACAGCAUGAUGAGCGCCGCCUCCACCCACUCUGGAUCUAGUGACAGCAGCUACGAUUUCCUGUCUGCUGAAGAGAAGGAGUGCUUGCUCUUCCUGGAGAAGACCAUUGGCUCACUGGAGGCUGAGGCUGACAGUGGGCUGUCCACAGACGAGUCAGAGCCAGCCACAAGCCCUCAAAGUAUCCGAGCGCUCCCCACCACCCAGCGGGCUCCCCAGGGAAAGCCAGAGGUCAUAGACACUCAGCAAGUACCAGCGCCAAAGACAGUGGCCCAGUCCUCGGAUUCUCCUGAACCCUGCAGCCUAGGCCUCAGGGCUGGUUCUUACAGCCUUCCCAGAAACCUUCAUCUUGGCAAAAGCCAGAACCUCAAGGAAAUCGCCACCCAGACUAACAGCCCUGUCUCAGAAGCAUCUGAGGUGUUCUUAGCAGAGUCUGAGAAAGGGCAGACCAGCCAGCAAGCUAAGCCCAUCCAACCUCGGGGCAUCUCCCAGGAGGCUACCCCUGACCUGAGCACAGUUCUCAUACCCCCACCAGAGGCUUUCCAGGACAUUAGACCAAAGCCCAGUGGGGAAGAGAGCCCACUUAAAGAGCAAGGACAGCAGAGACACACGCCACAGAUCCAUACUAUGGACAGCUCCCAGAAGAAAGAGGAAAUGUUUUCACAAACUAUGUCCCAUAAAGCCACUGAGAAAGGCUGGACCGAGAGUCCGCAGCAACCACAGCUGCCUCCUGCCCAGUCAUCUCAGAACAGGAAAGCUGAAGAGGAUCCCCUGCCAUCAGGGGUCAAGCCAAAUACCCAGCAGGCUCCCCUCACAGCGUCAAAGCCGCGUAAGCUGCCACCUAAUAUUGUCCUGAAGAGCAGCCGAGGCAGUCUCCACAGCCCUCCCCAGAACUGGCUGUCAAAUCACUCUGAAGCUCUGGACUCUGGGUCUGUCUCCUCUUCUCUACAGGAACAGAGGAAAGCCCGCAGAGAGGCUCUGGAAAAGCUGGGGCUGCCCCAGGACCAAGACGAUCCCAGCCUGCUUGUAAAUAAACACACCAGUCCCCUCAAAGUCAAGGAACCUCGGGCUCAGAACCCUUCCCAGGCCCGGGCCCCGGUUCAGCCAGCUUCCCCAGCUCUUGUCCCAGGAGCUGCAGCAUCGACAACGGGGAAAGCUUCCCCGGUGAAGGCUGUCACUCCUAUGGCCUCUCCAGGCAAGGCUUGGAUUCCUGCCCAGGAAACCCCUCCAGGAAAGGGUGCAGCUGUCAAGUCUACGCCCAUUCCUAUUCCUAAGGGCUCAAAGGCAAACGGUUCCCUGACACAGGCCAGGCCUGACCCACGGCUGACCCUCCAGGAAAGCAGCAUCCCGGGCCUGAGACAGAUGAAUUUCAAGUCCAAUACUCUGGAGCGUUCAGGCGUGGGGUUGAGCAGCUAUCUCUCCGCAGCUGAGAAAGAGCCCAGCUGCAGAGCUAGCGCGUCUCUGGGAAAAAGCCCCAUCUUAGACAAGGUUCCACCCAGCGUCCUACGUAAUUCCCGGCCCCGGCCUGCCUCCUUGGGCAUGGGAAAGGACUUUGCAGGAAUCCAGGGGGGCAAGCGGGUUGACCCGGAGCAGGGCCAGCGCUCCCAGCAGCUGUCCUUCAAAGGACAGAGCCAGGACAGGCUUCCUCGACCCCCCUGUGUCAGUGUCAAGAUAUCCCCAAAGGGCCUUCCUGAUGGACACAGGAGGGAGGCUCUGAAGAAGCUGGGACUGUUGAAGGAGUAAGGCAAGCGGCCACCAACCGGCAGAGCCAGCAGCAAGCCACCAGAAGAGACUGGCUCUGCCUAGGGCCUUUACAGCCUCACGGCUAAGGGCUGGCAUCUUCUCUGUCUGGGGUGAAGAAGGAAAAGGCUUGAGUCCAAGCAUUUGUUUGUACGCAGCUACUGUGCUCUUGAGGCCUUGUAUGGGUUGUUCUGAAGAUUAGUUUCACCGGGAGAGGUG